AUGAAUUCUGAGAUGCAGCACCGGCAACUUCCAAAGAUCAGCCUUUCAAGGCUGAAGCUGGAACUUGUUGGCACCCCGGAGUGGAUCAAAGUAGCUGAAGAGGUUGUGCAGGCAUUGGAAAACUACGGCAGCUUCGAAGUUGUAAAUGAUGAAGAGAACAUGGUGAAACUUUGUCAGAAGGUGUUUAAGUUUGCAGUGAGAGAUUUUUUUAGCCUCCCUUCAGAGACUAAGUCACGCAGCCCUAGAUAUUUGGAUAAAAAGAUUUUUGGAGCACCAGUGGAGAGUAUGGCUGUUUUCGAUGCCACUGCUGAUGGUUUUCAUAGUUUUACUAAUCUCAUGUGGCCCCAAGGACAUCCCUACUUUUGGUAUAAUGGUAUAAAAAAUUCAAGAUAA